GUGUUGGUGACAGAGACAGUGCGAAGUUUAAAGGUGCUCACUCACAUUUGCACUGCGUGAACACUUGAGAAAAUGUCUAGCCUACAUCAAUUUGUUACGGCCUUCACUGCGACUAAGGGAUUCAGUUCGAUUGACAUACCCUGUCUAUCGACGCGCUGAGGCAUUCAGGGACUUACCGGAAACCAAACCUUUUCUUCAAACUUGUUUCGUAGCUGAGUCGAAAGCGUCGAAAGAGGAAAGAAAGAGACAAGACCGUUCCGCGUCCAAACUUUUACAGUUCCUUAUUUUCUUUCUCAUAUUCGCGUCAUGUUGGAUAAUAGUUGGUUGCUGUCUAAAAUAAGUGAAAUACUGACUUUUUGUCAAGGAUAACGGCCGCCGUCGAGUGUUAUUCCUCCACAUAUAGUAUAACGGAUAUUCGUUUUUAUCAUGGAAGACGAAGUGAAAGAGGACCCCACCAGGCCCAACGAGGACCCCACCAGGUCCACAUGGAAGGCCGGUUGGGUGAAAAAGGCCUCAGGCAGGUUCCUGGCCAGCUAUAAGGACCGCUACAUCCAGGUGGAGAGGACAGAGCUUGUGGUGUACGAGAAUGAGGACGUUGCGACCUACUUGGAGAAAGUGGACCUGGAAAACUACGAUAAGUGCCACGAGUUGAGGAGCGCCUUCACGAAGAAGAAUAGACUGGUGUUGAUACGAGCGGCCAAAUCAGGGAAUAAGGUCCAUGAUGUCAAGUUCCAGGCUCAGAACCUGGAGGAGAAGGAGGCUUGGAUUAAGGCCUUUAGUGACGGCAUCAACAGAGCAAAGAAUAAGAUAUUUGACGAGGUGAAGGUAGAUGAGACCAGUCAGUUGGAGCAUGCGACACGCACAAGGCCGAAAGGAAACCGUAACAGAAGACCACCAACCAGGAUACACAUGAAAGAGGUUGCCAACGUCUCAUCAGACGGCAUUCUCCGGCAUGACCUGGACGCGGUGGACACCAGCAUCCCCAACGGGACACCCCACAUCACCACAGACACCACUGAGACUCCCAAAAAGGCUGUGAAGCCCCCCAUGCCUCCCACGUCCAAACCCAGCGAGGCCCCAGAGGAGUGUCAGACCACCCAGAGCCCUGACGGUCUGCCGUCUGAAACGGAGCCCAGUCCCCAGAAGGUCCUGAAGCCCCCCAUGCCGCCCUCCAAAGAGGCCGAGACGGCUGCUGCUUCUGCAGGGGACCAACUCCCUGAUGAGACUAGCACUGACAGAAGCCCAGAGAAAAAGGUCAUGAAGCCUCCUAUGCCGCCCUCCAAAGAGGCCAAGCCCACAGUGUCUGCCGAGGACCAACCACCUGGGGAGACCAGCCCUGAGAAAAAGGUCCUGAAGAUGCCCAUGCCACCCUCCAAAGAGGCCAAGCCCGCUGCUCCAGCCGGAGACCAACCCCCCAGGAACACCAGCCCCGAGGGCAGCCCAGAGCAGUGCUUCGAGGCUGGGGUCGAGUCAGCACCACCGCCCACCCCUCCCGGAAAACCCAUCGGCGGCUCCACAGACAACAUGGCCGAGGCCUCCCAAACCAGCCAGGAACACAGGCCGCCCACCCCACCAUCCAAAGACAAGAAGCCCACUCAGACAGCCGUGCAGGAGGGUACAGAGGAGGCUAGUGGGAGAAGGAAGAAAGGUGAAGAGGAUGAGGUAGAGGAGAAGGAGGAAGAGGGUUCUGAAAUGAUUGCAUCUGACGUUCAACAAAGCAGUAUCCCUGAGGGGGCUGAGGAUGAGGAGGAGUCUUCUUCCUCUCAGAUUACAACACCCAUGACCCCCCUAGAGGUCAAAGUUGAACCCUCUGUGACUGACCACCCAGAGGUCGCCACCACCACCAUAGAAGAAGAGACGCAGAAAGUUUCCGAGCCCAUGGCUCAAGAACAAGAUUCUGACCCUAGUGGUGGAGUGGAUAUAUCACCCAAUGAAGAACCUCAGACAAUGAAGUCUUCCCAACUCACAGUAACGCCGUCAGUUCAGACACCGGAGCCAAUCAAAAAGAGCCCUGGCCCUCCCGGACCUCCCACAAAGAAGAAGCCCGUCGUCCUCCCUCCUCCCAAAGCAGUGGUGGUGGCUCAAGACGUCCACCUAAGCGAGCCUAAGAACCAAGCGACAGACAAAACCAAGAACAUCACCACCACCACACCAGGAGAGAAACUCAACUCUAUCACUUCACCAACACCAGCCGCGCUGACCACAACCAGUCCGACUGAAGAAACAGAGGCCCUGAAAGUUCCUGUGGUCGUUGAGACUAAGUCUGAGUUCCCAGUCGUAGUUCUCUCUCUGAGUGACCCUGAGCCAGACAGCUCCUGCUCCAGCCCCGUGUCCUGCCACCUCUCCCCAGAAAAGAAGAGUGAGCGUGAGGAGGAGAAGUCAGUCGACAGCGGCCAACACUCGGACAUCGAUGUCGAUGAAGAAUGGUCAGAGAGCAGGGACACUUUGGCGGCCUCCACCGCUGCCCUAAUGGGCAGCCAAGCUGGCCUGGACGCGCUGAUGGACGAGAGUCAAGACGGAGACACGGAGACCCCCGACAGCUUGGGACUCAGCACUGUGGAGGACUCCCCUUCUACGACCCAGACCCCCCAGGACAAUCCCUCUGGCCUACACUCCACCUUCCUCCAGGUGAGGGUCAGUCAGGCCUCCCAUUGUCCCCCCAUCCCCUUCAAACCCUUAGCCAAGCUCAUGUCCACCUCUUUGGGGGAUCUCCUCUCUGAGGCCUCAUUGGGUGAAAACGUGAAACAGCGAAUCACAGACGUGGCCGUGACAAAGGCCACCGUGGGUCCUCAAGACUUAACAGACCUUGAAAAUGAAGUGGCCCUGGAGCUGGAAAAUACAGGGGAGCUCCUGGGGAGCGUCGUCCCUAAAGGGAGCACCGAGGUUGGGCAGAACUUGGCCCUAGCGGGGGGUGAUGGCCUGGAGGACAGGUCGCCGGAGGAGCUGCUAGCCAGAGCCAUGGAGAAGCUGAGGAAAGCAGACCAGUUCCUCAGGCAGGCCAAGCGUAUGAAAGACUCAAAACAUUCUGAGAAUACUGACAAGAGAAACAGCUGGUGAUUGUUAAAUAUGAAGGAGAAGUAGGGAAAAUGUAUUGAUUAAUGGUGAUGGAAAGUAGUAGCUUGGAAGGACGACAGGUGUUUUCUUAUUCUGGCUGAUUAUGCAGCAUAUUUAUGCAAGUGUUCUGCUGAGAUUUAGCUAAGUGCAAUGUUUUCCACUUUCACUUUUCUCCUGCAAAUGAAGGUUGAUUGUACUUUUUGUACUUGCAUUUUUUUUUUUACAUUCCACAUUGAUCAUCAUCAGUUUCCCAAGGAUAUUUACUUGAAUACUUACAACCCCGAUCAAACUUUUUAAUGAUACGUUUAAGGAUGUUACAAAAGUACGUAAGUCUUAGGGGAUGUCGGAAGUGCCUGCAACUUUUUGUAAUCCACAUUUUGAAUGGAUACAGAUUGGUUUCCUCUGUAGUCCUCCUUGCCAAUCAAACCAUGAUGACAUUUGAAGUAAUCGUGUAUGAGGUGGGUUGUGUUUAUGUAGUUGAAGUAAUCGUGUAUGAGGUGGGUUGUGUUUAUGUAGUUGAAGUAAUCGGGUAUGAGGUGGGUUGUGUUUAUGUAGUUGAAGUAAUCGUGUAUGAGGAGGGUUGUGUUAUGUAGUUGAAGUAAUCGUGUAUGAGGAGGGUUGUGUUUAUGUAGUUGAAGUAAUCGUGUAUGAGGUGGGUUGUGUUUAUGUAGUUGAAGUAAUCGUGUAUGAGGAGGGUUGUGUUUAUGUAGUUGAAGUAAUCGUGUAUGAGGUGGGUUGUGUUUAUGUAGUUGAAGUAAUCGUGUAUGAGGUGGGUUGUGUUUAUGUAGUUGAAGUAAUCGUGUAUGAGGUGGGUUGUGUUUAUGUAGUUGAAGUAAUCGUGUAUGAGGUGGGUUGUGUUUAUGUAGUUGAAGUAAUCGUGUAUGAGGUGGGUUGUGUUUAUGUAGUUGAAGUAAUCGUGUAUGAGGUGGGUUGUGUUUAUGUAGUUGAAGUAAUCGUGUAUGAGGUGGGUUGGGUUUAUGUAGUUGAAGUAAUCGUGUAUGAGGUGGGUUGUGUUUAUGUAGUUGAAGUAAUCGUGUAUGAGGUGGGUUGUGUUUAUGUAGUUGAAGUAAUCGUGUAUGAGGUGGGUUGUGUUUAUGUAGUUGAAGUAAUCGUGUAUGAGGUGGGUUGUGUUUAUGUAGUUGAAGUAAUCGUGUAUGAGGUGGGUUGUGUUUAUGUAGUUGAAGUAAUCGUGUAUGAGGUGGGUUGUGUUUAUGUAGUUGAAGUAAUCGUGUAUGAGGUGGGUUGUGUUUAUGUAGUUGAAGUAAUCGUGUAUGAGGUGGGUUGUGUUUAUGUAGUUGAAGUAAUCGUGUAUGAGGUGGGUUGUGUUUAUGUAGUUGAAGUAAUCGUGUAUGAGGUGGGUUGUGUUUAUGUAGUUCAUGAAAAUAUAAUUUUCUCGAGAAGUUAUUUGUCUUGAAAAACUACUUUCCAAGUGUUAAAAGAAUAUUCAGGGCUUUUAUAAAAUGUCUGAGACAAACUCUGCCAGUCCAAAUCUCAAUGGCAGGAUGUACAUCAAAUUUGACACCAGACCUAUUUUACAAGCCUCCCUUCUUCUGACAGCUAAGGACCCCAUUUAUUCAACAUUUGCACUUUGCAUCAGGUAUCAAGAUUGCACAGUAAGUUUACCAUAGGGAAUUGGACAUAAAAGGUUAAAUGAAAAGGUAAGAAUAAAGGUUCUGAAAGUGAAUCAUUUAUCAAGUAUAAAUGAAGACAGUUUGCUGUUUUAGCUUUGGUGUUUCAUCCAAUAAAAACAGGUGCAAACUUUUCACCAGGUCCAAAUGCAUAGCAAAUGUGACCUUAACUCUGUUUUGGCAAAUACCUAUGCAGGCUAGGUUUAUACAACAUUUCACAAAAGGUUUCAGACUGCACAUUGCAACACAGGAACUACACUCUUAGAAAAAAAUCUAGAACGUAAAAGGGUUCUUCGGCUGUCCCAAUAGAACACUUUGAAUAACCCUUUUUGGUUCCAGAAAGAACCCUUUUGAUUCCAGGUAGAACCCUAUUGGGUUCCAUGUAGAACCCUUCCCCAGAAGAACCCAAAGAGUUCUACCUGGAAUAAAAAAGAGUUAUCCUAUGGGACAGCCGAAGAACCCUUUUGGAACCCUUUUUUCUAAGAGUGUAGGCGGUAUGAUUACUGAGCUACUGUAAAAGUGAGUACAGAACCUAUGAUGCCUACUCUCACUUAGCCCCAGUAAUGUUGUGUUGUAUCUACUCUCACCUAGCCCCAGUAAUGUUGUGUUGUAUCUACUCUCACCUAGCCCCAGUAAUGUUGUGUUGUAUCUACUCUCACCUAGCCCCAGUAAUGUUGUGUUGUAUCUACUCUCACCUAGCCCCAGUAAUGUUGUGUUGUAUCUACUCUCACCUUGCCCCAGUAAUGUUGUGUUGUAUCUACUCUCACCUAGCCCCAGUAAUGUUGUGUUGUAUCUACUCUCACCUAGCCCCAGUAAUGUUGUGUUGUAUCUACCCUGUGCUCUUGAAAGCAGCCCCGUUCACUUGGCUUAUAAAUAGGGCACACAGGAACUAGCCACUUCCUGACUGAUCUCCUCUCUUCUUUAGAUAUCUCUUUAGUCAGAGACCAGAUCAUUUGUAUCACACUGAAAUGCACUCCUAGGUGUUGCUAUGUGCUAAAACAGACUAAGACUUAGAAGCUUGGUGGUAUUGAAGAACCGUGGUAUUAGACAGUUAGUGGCAUCCAUUUUGUUUUAAAGGGGCUUUUAAGGCUAUGAAAUCUUAAUGCUUUGUCAAGUAUUUUCUUAUUUUAUCUUAGCAUUAGGUUUAACCUUUGUCUGCUUCAUAGGUUUGAGGGUAUUGGGUAUUGACCAAUUGAAACAGAAGGAUCUGAUCCAUUUUGAUGUGAACUCAAAUGUGGUUCCUACCUAACAUUUGUCCUUUACAAAUGCACAGCAAGGAUGAUAAUGCCUUGUCCAAGACUUUAGGAAGUCAAAUAUGUAAACAUGAUUUGUUUUAUAUUUUUAAAGUUUAAAGUUGUACUAUUAGGUCUAACAGUAGAUACUCUGUCAAUUCAUCUAUUGUUAUUUUGAAUAUCAAAUUGCACAUAACACAUUUUCUUACGAACUACUUAAUAUUUAAGUUAUUGAUCUUGUCACACACUCCUUGUGGUUGGUUGGUCCGUCGUUGUAGAAAAACAAUAGAUUUAUCCCCUCAAACUGGCUUAUAGCUGUAGCUGAGUUGCAAAUGUAUGUUGAGGUUUGUAAUAUUGUUAUGUAAUAUAUUUCAUUAUACAAAUGCUCUUACUAAUAAUUGUACUGAUAAGGUUUAUACGCCCGUAGACAUUUUUGACACGGUUUAACAUGUAGCUUUAUAAAGCAUGUCUGAAUAAAUGUUGUUUUCUGUA